AUGGCUGAGGAAUCCCCAACAGUACCACACUUAGCCGAACUAGAUAUACCGGAACACUUCCUUCCUGUUGACCCUUUAAAAGAUCCUUGUCAUAGACAGCCUGCUAAUGAUGGAGAAGUAUGGUGCUAUAGGAGGUCUCUAGUAGUGGAGUUGUCCACAUUGCUAGAUCUCGAUGAGGACGUGGUAGUGGAUAUGACUGUACUAAGGGAUCGUAUAAGCCAAUGUGAACGUUGGGAGAAGACUUUGAAUGACGUGCUGGCGCUGGAACUCAGCAAAAGGAGAGAUUUACUCAGGAGAGGGAAUGACAUAAUAGAGGCAGCUUCGAGGGAGGUAUGCCUAGCCCUAGUAGCCACAGUCAAUUCACGUCGUGCAUUACGAAGUCUGGUGGAGAGGAAGGUGUACUCCCCUACUAGGACCUUAGCCCUAGCCAGAAGGAGGCAUAGGCUAAUACUGGUGAAGGAGCGGAUCAUGGACGUAGCGCGGAUGUCUCGAGCAUACAAGGCCUAUCGAUCAGCGUCAACAGUCAUUGAGUCCAUCCAUGCUGCCAUUCGCCUACAACAGCUCCUGACUGCUGGAAUAGAGCUGCCUUGUUGGAUGAAGAAGGCUGGUCAUGAUUGGACUCAUCCGUCCGAACUACUAGCAGACACGAAAUCCACGUUGUAUGAGAGACUGAAGCCCCUGGCUGUGGUAGAUGACCUCAGUAGCCUCCAAAAGGCUUAUGUUGAGACCUUAUCAGGGUACUGGCAGCUCAUCAUCUCAUACACUGACGUGGGUUCAGCUGAUAUCAAUCCUGCUGCGGACAUGUGCUCCAUUUUCUGCAAUCUUGUGGGCACCAUAGCGCGGCAAUGCCUCCUGGCUGCUACUAACUUUGGGGGGCGAGUCAUGGACGAGAUUGCGUAUACUGGACGGAAGACCAUGCCAGCGUCUGAAUUGUGCCAACUGCUAGACCCUAGAGAGUUCCCGCAUUUCCUCCAUAGGCUACUUGAAGUCUUCCUAACGCUCAUCAUCCGAUAUGACAGGCUCGUCACUUGGCAUGACAGUUUCAAAGGAUGUGAUGUUAUGACGGAUGACGAUCCACACUUGAUUGAGUUCAUCAAUAACCUCUCUGCUGAGCUUACGGCCCGUCGAGAUAUGGUCUUAGACAGGGUCAACAAUCAGCUACAGUCCCUGUUGGAACCAUUUGAUUCUGUUACUGGUUGUCCUCUGAGCAUAGCAUCUAAUGUAUGUGGCUUGCUUCGAGUAUUCUCCCAUGCCACUAUGAAUGGUAGUGGGACCACUGGGGCUUUGGAACAGGUUAUAAGUCGACUAGGGCAAAGCAUUAUUCGAGAUGUUAGCCUCAGGGUCUGGGAUGCGGACCUCUUGCCUUUAGCGCAAAGAGAGUCAUGGAAUUUGCUGGAGUCAUCUGAUCCUCUGAUACCUUCCCCUAGGAGGCUUAGAGGGUCAAUAACAGGGGGAGUUGAGGGCCUCGAGGCACUGUCCAAGCCGUCUAUCGAAGCUGCCAUCUAUGACCCAGACCUUGGUGGGGUGUCAUCUAUGGUGUCCCCGAGAUGGCCUUUGCUUACACAAGCUACGGCAAAUCGGAUGGGGGAACUGCUACAACUAGGUGUUGUCCAUCCCUCGAUCCUCGGCCUGUUCGUAGUACGCCAUCCAACAUUUGAUGACGUCGUCAAUGGUGGUCACCAUAGCAGGGGUGAUAUGAAGGAUAGGCAUGCUAUUUACGAGGGUCAUGAUAAGCACAUAGCCAACACCCAUUACCGUACCCUGUCUCCAUGCUUACCCUCCCUACUCUUCCAGAGAAGGUACACUCAGUCGACAAUGUUUCAAGUUGCGCCAACUGGUAUCAGCAAGUGGACGACGAUACGAGCGCUUGCUCCUUGCAGGGGUCCCUCCUUUGCAGAAGUUGACGGUGUCUACUUCAUCCAUUACGGCAUCACUUGGAGGAUUCUGAGGUCGUUGAGGAAGUGCAAGAGAGGGAGGGCACCGUCACAAGGGGUGACGAAGCAGUUCAUUGAGACUAUACGGGAACAAUGUGAUGGGCAACCUAGCAAGGGGAAGCUCGUCCCACAGGCAGGCGGGGCAGAUAGAGAUCUGCAGAUGCCUGGGGAGGUAGACACUAGAAGAGAGGGUCGAAGCUACGAGUCAGAGUGGUCGGAGAUAGCGAGCAAAGAGAAGUAUUCCAAGGAGGUCGCUUCACUUCAGAUUGAGGUUGAAAAAUGGCGUGAUAGAGCAUUCGAUGCAGCGCGUCAGAAACAGCAGCUACUGGAUAGAGUAGCCCGUUUAGAGGCCCAGUUGAAGGCUAAGGAGGUUAACGAGGCUAAGUUAACCGCCACACCACGUGUGGGGCCUCCCGAGAGGAAGGAUGACGAAUACGAACGCCUGUGGAGGGAUUCCAAGUUCGUUGAUGCAGAUAAGCCUCUGACUGGUGGUCCUGCGAAUGAGCUCAUAAGUUCACCGUUGCCUCCACCUGAGGGACACAUGGGGGGAUCUGGCGUCUUCUGUAGCCAUCCAUCUAUCAUGUAUCCCUCCAUCAAUGCCUUCAAAUUGAUGCUCAUCGGCCUCAUGGAGUCCAUCACUACGUUGCUUGUGGCAAUCUUCCGCGCAAUCCGAGGCAUCGAGCCCAAGGCUUCCUCAGCUCUACAGCCUGAGCCUCCUGUUGGAGACAGCACGCCUAUGGAGCAGGUCGUCGAGGCUAGAGAUAAGGCAUCUCAGCCUCGAGAACGCAAAGAGCGAAUCAAGAGAUGCAUUUACUGUGGUCAUAGAGUGAAGCGCGGUGAUCACUCGAGAUGCCGACCGCUAACUCGAGAGGAGCGACUACAGAUCGAGCCUAAAGUGAAAGGAAUCUAUCAUGCCUAG